AUGAAAUGAAUGGAACUGGAAAUAGCACUUUAUAUCAGAGUUACUUUGGUAAAUUUAUAAGAACAAAAUUUUAAGUAUAUUGUUUGUCACGUUUUUGUUAUCUACAAUUUUAUAUUACAAUUAUAAAAUAUAAAACAAUGAAUCAGCAUAUCAGAUAAAAUGAAGAAGUUUGAUUCAAAACAGGUUGUAUAUUGAUUUUGAGUGUUUUUAUGUCAAACAGUCCAUAAAAAGAUAACAUCGUUUUGCCAUUCUUUUUUAAAGGGAAGACGAUAAUAUGCUUGAAAAGUCAUUUAAAAAAGGAUUUGUGAUUCUAUUCUUUAUGUUGAUCAUAAAUGCUAUAUAUACAUGGAUUAAGCAAAAUAACAGUCUGGCUGAUGUUAAAUACAAUAUAGAUUUGCGUCACUAUAAAACAAAAGAAAAUUUAUAUAACGCAAGGUGUAAGAAAAUAAUAAUAAUUAUAGCAUACGGCAGAUCUGGAUCGACAUUUCUAGGCUCAAUACUUCAGGAAACCAUGUCAACGUUCUACCUUUAUGAACCUUUCCGAGCUGUUAAAUACUUACAUCAAAAACAGGUUGGCAAAUAUUCACUUUCAAGUGACAGUCCUUGGAUGCAAUAUUCGCAAUCCGAAACAGAACAGAAGGCUAUUUAUGCGUUUAAUUUGUGGGUUAAUUGUAGUUUAAGUUCCAUAUGCAUACCUCAAUUAAGUGAUGAACAAUCAACGCCAAAUGUACAUGGUUGUUGUGGGAAAAGGUUGUCGAGCAAUAAAAUUGAUACUUCAAACCUGUCAUGUCUGUAUGAAGAAGAAAAAUACUGUCAGAAUUCAACAAUACAAAUCUUUAAAUUUAUACGUAUGAGGAUGAAACUAGUUUUGCAACUUUUGCAUUUGUUUCCAAAUAUAAAGAUUAUUCAUCUUGUAAGAGACCCUAGAGGAAUAUUUAAUUCAAUAAUGACCAAAACGAAACCAACAGUGCAAAUGCAUUCUGUCGUGAAUUUUUGUGAAAACCUGAAAAAUGAUCUGGCAUAUUCCAAAGUAAUUUCAAAGCAAUAUCCAAACAAAAUAUAUGUUGUAAGUUAUGAAGAUCUUGCUAACAAUCCAAUAAAAACAGCUAAAGAUAUAUUUCAGUUUGCGAAUUUACGCUUCACAAACGCAAUAAUAAAGUAUAUACUUCUGAAGACGCAAUCAGAUAAGGAUACAUGCAGAUUCUGUGUUAUAAGAAAGAACUCUACAGAAACAUCUUUUAAAUGGCGAUCAACAAUAGAUUUAAGAACUGCGAACUUUAUAUACAAAGCUUGUAAAUUUAGCAAUCAGUUGCUUGGAUACCUUCCAUUAACAGAUGAAAACUCCCUAAGAAACGUCUUAUUGCCGUCAAGAAAACUAGGUGAUGUUAAAAGAUAUAUUCUAUCAAACAAGCAACUACAAGCAACUACAUGUUUGAUGGAUAAUACUAUUCAAACAUUACGAUUUGUUAUUAAAUGUGCAAAACACUAA